UGGCACAUGAAGUGUUACAAAUCAGCCUGGCCCCAGUGCGUUUCACCUGCAGGCACUGAUUAACAGAUAACAGAGAUUGCUCGAGCUUUUUCAAACCAUCGCCGGGAGGACGUGAGGUUUAGCACAGCAAAGGUUCUGAUCUCUCCUGUUCAUGCCACCACACGCUGGUCUUUAUUGUCUAACUGAGAAGUCAUGGACCGCUACAGAUAUUUCAUAUUUAACCAGAGGAGUAUUGUGGUGCUGGGGAUCCUGCAGAUCGCCUGUGCUGGGCUGUGUGUGGUCUGUGGCUUCAUGGAUGCAAUCUUCAGAAAGGACACUACUCUGAGCAACACCAGGGUUCCUCUCUGGGCUGGAGUGAUAAUGGGCAUGCCAGGAGUCCUAGCUUUGUUUUCGUCACAGAAGAAGAACCCAUUGCUGGUUAACAUCAUGAUUGCUGCCUCUCUCUUCUCUUGUUUCACUACCGUGAUUAUAAUGGUCUACUCCUCCCUGACGUUAAGCUAUGGAGAGGAGGAUGAUGAGCUCUUUCACCCUUCACAUAUUCAGACAACGCAUGCAAAGUUCAUUCUCACUCGGCUUGUUCAAGGUGCUAAUUUAACCAUGCUGAUUGCCUGUACCUUUGGCAUACUGCUAGCUCUGUUCAUCGCCUUCACUGGCUGCAGGAGCGUCCCGUACUGUGCCUGUUACGACAGCGUCACUGGACUGGAAUCCCUGAAUCCAGAUGAUGACCAGAAUCCACAGACAGCGCUGGUUUGUACGUGGCAGGGUGGCGACAGCAGGCUGUUCAAUGCUCCUGUGCUGCUCAAUGAACAAGAGGAGGAGAUGUCUUCUAAACCCCCUCCCUAUAUCAGACUGGUCUGAAAUACAACCGGGCACACUGACUUUGAAUAUGCUGAUUGCUCAUUUUGUAACAUUAGUCUUGUUUUUUUAAAGAAAGUGUAUUGUUAUAUUGUAUUGGAAAUCAAUCAUGUCUACACCACACACUCCAUAAAUAAAAAUCUAAUUGGGUGUCAUUUGGACCAGAAUUUACCUAAAAUAUUUAAUCAGAAUAAAGCCGGAAUAUAUUACCAACCACAACAAAACUACAAAACCACUUCUGUAGUAAUCUAGAAAAACAAAUGCUGUUUGUUUAAGGGAACAACAAUAAUGGUAAUUUAUUCCAACCCCUACCCCACCCUGUUUUUUAAUUGCAUAGUAUGGAUAUUCAAUUUGGGCAGUACCCUGCCAAAACUCAUUUCUUUGGGCACUUCACCACUCCUUUAUUUUUAAAUCAAUAAUCUGUUUGUACUACAGGCUACCAGAGCAAUCAGAGUAGUGGAGUGAAAUGGUGACUGGUACUUCAUGCGUGGUAUCACGUGUUCACGUAUACUAGGAGGUAAAUAGUUUAUUGGUGUUUACACAUCAGUCUUAAAUAUGGAGGUGUUAGUUAUUCCAGUAGGGUACUGUUUAAGGACACAGUUCCAACAAACAAUUCUACUGAUUGGUCCUUGAUGUGAUCCAGAGGUACAGCUACACAGCAAAGCAAUACAGUGCUUUACUACAGAGAGCUUUUACUUGAAGAAAUGUAUCUGGUUUUCUAAUUCAUCUGGUGUCCAGAGUCUGUAUAUAUGUUUGAUCAAUUUGUUUUACUUGCUUUAUUCAAUAAUAUAUGGCUAAUAAAGAUACAAAAAAUACUAAAA